AUGCCCCGGUCGUCGGCCAGGAAAACCCAGUCGUUGUACCGCAGUAUCCAGCAGCAGGGUUUUGUACCGCCGCAGGAGACCCCAGGAGCCUUCGUGCCUUGGCAAGAAAACCCCGACCAGUGGCAGAACCCAGCCGCAUCUGUACCAGAAAACCCAGUCGUUCUGCCUGAGAGCCCAGUCGUCCAGCAGGAAGGCCCAGAAGUUGAUGUGAUCGACUGGUCUGAUGGGGGCGACGAACCCCCGAUUUCACUUCGUGCCGACGCUGUGGAGCCAACAGACGCUGUUGCAUCGGGGAUCCCAGCCAUCACAGCUAUCGGUGGAGUCGCCAUUACGAAUCUUGUGUUGGUGUUGGCGUUGAUCGUGGUUCGGUUCCGUGCUCGAGCAAACGCUGCCAAGCACACGACGAACCAGGAGAAGUCGCCACUGUACAGCAAAACUCCUAACACUGCCGACUUCACGAUCUCCAUGAACGGAGACAAUAUCGCGGCAGAAGUCAAGCCAGACUUCAUGAGUGAAGCACUUUAG